AUGAACUUUGAUUCCAUUUGGUCCUUCAAAAACUAUAAAAAUGCCAUUUCUCUUCAAAAUUAAGAAAAUAAAAAGUGAUAGAAAAAGUCAUCAUUUGCCAGGUAAUUUAGGACAGACAACGUUGAAUUCUUCAAUUCCAACGUUGUCUCCUCAGAAUCUUCAAAGAAACCCCAUUUACCCAAAUCAAAUCCAGGAUACUUGGGUGUCCGAGCUAAUUUUUGCCCACCUUCAUUAAAUCCAGGAUACGUGGGUGUCUGAGCCGGUUUUCGCGCACCUCAAUUAGAUUCAGGAUACCUGGUUGUCCGAGUCAGUUUUCGCAAGCAAAUCCAGCAUAUCUGGGUGUCUGAGCCAGUUUUCAUGCACAUCCAUUAAUUCCAGGUCACCUCCUACCACCAACAGAUAUCGUAAUCUCAAUUAAAUCCAGGAUAUAUACCUAGUGUCCGAGCCAGUUUUCGCGCAUCUCAAUUUAAUUCAGGAUACCUAGGUGUCCGAGCCAGUUUUCGCACGCAAAUCCAGGAUAUCUGGGUGUCCGAGCCAGUUUUCACGCACAUUCAUUAAUUCCAGGAUAUCUAUCACCUUCCACCAGCAACAGAUAUCGUAACUCUAUCCACCGAGGCUAGUAUUUUGUUGCUCUUGUUGUUUACAAAGUUUGAAAAUUCAAUGGGAACACCAGAAUUUGCAAAUCUUGGGAAACAUUGUUCGGUUGAGGAUUGUAGGCAGAUUGAUUUCUUGCCUUUCACCUGUGAUUGCUGUCACAAGGUGUAUUGUCUAGAUCAUCGGAGCUAUAUUAGACACCAGUGUCCAACAGCUAACAAGAACAAUGUCACGGUGGUCAUUUGCCCGCUCUGUGCAAAAGGUGUACGCCUUAAUCCUAACGAAGACCCAAACAUAACGUGGGAAUCUCAUGUCAACAUGGAGUGUGAUCCAUCGAACUAUGAAAAAGCCACAAAGAAGAAAAAAUGUCCAGUGCCUCGCUGCAAAGAGCUCUUAACUUUCUCCAACACAAUCAAAUGUCGCGAUUGUACUCUUGACCAUUGCUUGAAGCAUCGGUUUGGACCUGAUCACAACUGCCCCGGUCCCAAGAAACCAGAACCGUCAUUCCAAUUUAUGAACUUUCUGAAUGGAAGUAAAGACGAACCCAAGAAAGCUCAGCCAACAUCGUCCUCAAGAUGGACUACGAGUUUACUCAAGGUGGUAUCAUCUGUAAAGGAAAAGUUCAACAGUGAGUUUAACCAAACACAGCAAACCGGGCAAAGCAGCCACGCCACCAACCACGCUGUUACUAACACCAGUCAAGUAGAGCCAUGUCCACAAUGUCAUCUAAGAUUUUCGACAGUCAAAGCUCUCAUUGACCACGUGCAGAAAGUGCACGAGAAGAACGGUGUCAUGAACUUGACAGUCGAUGUCUGUCCGAGAUGUAGUAAAGGUUUUCGAGAUCCUGUAGCCCUUGUGGAACAUGUUGAAAAGGAACAUAAAGGAACUUCAAAGGGUUAAAUUUGGAGGUCCAUGUAAAGAAGCAAAAGUACAUAAUACCUUUUUCUUGUUUGUUACAACAACAAUAACAACGUACCUAGUGUAUUCCCAAUUUCCCAUCAAGUGCGGUCCGGGGAGGAUAAAGUGUACGCAGUCCAUACCACUACUUCAGAUGAAGCAGAGAGGCUGUUUCCGAUAGAUCCCCGGCCUUUUCUUGUUUAUUCUUUUGCAGAAAAAAAGUCUAUUGAAUUUUCAUUGUGAACAUGAGAUUGAUUUUUUUCCCCAAAGUGGAUGUUCUUUCGCAAGGUAAGGCUGCGGAUAUACCCUUGUGGUGGGGCCCUUCCCUAGACAACGCGCUUAGCGGUAGCUUUAGUGCACCGGGCUGCCCUUUAAAGUGGAUGUUCUUUUGGUUUCUUUGUUGUCUUUCACUAUCUUCUGUUUCAAUGAACAUAUCCAUUUGAUUUUGAUA